AUGAAAAAUAAAAUUAUUUUCUACUUUGCAUUCCUGCAGAUGGACAAGUUAUUUUCCACUGAAAUAGACACUCUAAUCGAGUGUUUAACUGCUAUGAAGAGAACGUGUAGUAUUAGCCUUGUAAAGAGGGCCCAGAGAGCUGCUAUGAAGAUAGAUCUUAUAUAUAAUGUAAUGGUCCAUGGGUUUGAGAAGGAAAACCAGCGCAUAAGCGAGGAUAUAUAUGACAUUGCAAUACGACUAAUGGAAGAGCUAGAGGAGAAGGAGCUAUUAAUACAGGAGUGCAAAGACAUACUGGCACCUUCAAGCGAGAUAGAUGUAAAUGACGUACUGUCAUACAGUAAAUUACUGGGCAGGCACAGCAAGUGUCCUUUGCUAUGGACAGAAGACACAGGCCUGGAAAGACUCCCUGCAUACCCAACAGACAGUCUCAUACAGCAGUCGUUACUAAGAGCAAAGCAGAUGAUGGAUGACAUAAAUAACUAG